AUGAGAAGAACUUAUAAAUCUAAAAAAGAAACUGGUGGUGGAUUAGAUCCGCGAGAUGUUUUACUUACAAUGGAUUCUAAAAGUUCCAUGUUUGACGCAUUUUACAUACAAAAUAUUAAACAAACUAAACGAGAUAUGUCCGUCGGUACAUCAAUGCUAUUUGCUGCAUCAAAUAAAGUUCGCAAAAGGAAGUAUGUAAAGAGAUUAAAAGAACAAGAAAAUAUCAUUAAAGAUACCUCUUCAACAUCAACGUAUUUAACUCCAGAUAAAUCUCUUCGUGUUAAUAAACCGGCAGAUUUAUUUGACCAGCUUCUUAUGUCUUCUCCGAUAGAGAAUGAUUCGAAUCAAACAGUUAAUAAAUUUAUCAAGUUCUAUAAACCACCGGAAAGCAAGACAUAUUGCAAAAGAAAGGUUAGCAGGAAAAAAAUGAAUGAUUCCAGCAGUGAUAGUAUAGAUUCUGAUAAAGAAAAUUCUAAUGAAAUGAUCAAUGACACUGAGAAUGUUUCUGAUAUACUAAGUCAUAAGUUGGAAAUAGAAAAGGAAAAUAAAAGUAAUCCAAAGUAUAUUGAUGAAUCAAUUGACAAUAUAGUUAAAAAUAUAGCUCUAUUUAAUGAAAGUAAGGUUAAUAAAACUCCAAGAUAUUCUCAAGCCAUAAAGAAUAUCCACUCUAUUGAAGGAAUACAAGGUUCACCUUUAUGUAGCACUCCUUUUCAUGAAAAAUAUAGAGGCAAAUCCAUAUAUAAUUUUUCACCUAUUACAAUUAAUUUAAAUGAUAGUCCAAAAGUUCUAACUGUACCUGAAGUAAAUGAGUGUCUUGAAGUUCAUAGGAUGUUUGAAGAAAAUUCAUAUGUAGAGAACCAGAUUAAUUUAUCUUUAGAUAAAAAUAAUACUAACCAUAGUGUGCAUAAUGAAGUAAGUUCACCAAUACUACAAAACAAAACAAAUAUGACAAUAUUCAAAAAAGCUUUAAUUUCUAAACAUAAUGUAUUUACUGAAAAUACAGAACCAAUAGAAAUAUCAUCAUUACAAACAACAGAGUUGGAACCAUUUUUAGGAUUUUCGAGUGUCCCACAAGUUAGUGAGGCUUUAUUAGAUAAAUAUAAAGAAAUAGAAAAUAAUGUUCUUAUAAAUAAAGAACCUGAUGUAGUUUCUAUGAAUUUAAAUUUAAAUUAUAGUACGGAUGUCAAUAAAGAUGUAGACAUUAAUUAUAUAGAAAAUGAAAAUUCAAUGAAUUUAAAUACAGUAGAAAAUAGUACAACUAGUCUUGAUGAUAAUGAAUCUGAUUAUGACACAUGUGAUGAUGAAUACGAAGAAAAUAGUGAAAAUUCAAAGAAGCAAGAGCCUAUUGUAGUUGUUGAUCGACUUAAUGACUCUGUUUUUCAAAGAUACUAUAACAAAAUGGCAGAAUGUUGUGAAAAUAAUGGGUCACUUUUAGAUUUUUCCAACAAUGAUGAUUAUGCUAGUAUUAAUGAAAGUGAAUCUAGUUCAUCUAACAAAUUAUCUAGUGUAACUGACGAAGAGCAUGAUUAUUCACAAAGUGAUGGAGAAGAAGAAUCUGAGGAAAACAUUGAAAAUAUGGACAGUGACAAUAAUUCUGAACCUGAUAAACCUGAAGAAGAUACAUGUGUUAGUUUUGUGACAACCAGACGCAGAAAUGGUGUGACAAAUGAUUCUUUCCUGUUACAUCUAGACAGCUCCAUUACAAGUGGAAGUAGUACAGAUUUUGAUAAAACUGUUGUGACAUGUCGAGCAAGUAUUAAUAGGCAGUCACAACUAAACAUGCUAACUGAUACUGAAAUAGAUGCACCAUUAGAAAAUAAUGCACAUCAUACAAACAUGAGUCCUCAUAAAACUAAAGCACUUGUGCAAGAGACUAACUGUGAUAUUACUGAAACAAAUUUAUCUAUUUCAAAGCCAACAAAUAACUGCAAAUCAAAUAGAUACAGCAAUGUUACAAGGCCAUCAUUAAAACCUAAGAAAUUGUCAACAUCACCCAUGGAAAGUAAUAGAAAAUCUGCCAUUGCAAGCUUGUCAAGUAGUGUAGAAAAUAAAGUUAUUAUGACAAGAAGGAGUUGCAGGCUAAAUAGAGAAAGUGCUCAGUCUAAUUUACCUGUAAAUAACAAUGAAACCUUGUUUAUUAAAACUGAUAAUGAUAAUGAAAUCACUGAAAAUUCUUGUGCUAUGGGUAAUUUUAAAAUGUCUACUUGUGAAGUAAAUGGAAUAGUUCUUCAACCUGGAAAAAGAUGGGAAAGAUCAUUGAGCAUAUAUAGGAGAAUGACCACAAUGGCUGACCAUUUUGAUCUUUCAAUUUUGGAUUCUGAACCUUUGAAUAUUAAAGGAAGAAAGUAUAGGCAAAGUGUGAUCAGCACCAUGGAAAUGCAAGAUACAAAAGGUUUACUACACAAUGAAUCAAUUAAAAGCCGCAGAAGUACCUUUGUCUCUAAACCUAGCAGAUCUACUAUUAGGAUUGUAAGAGAAUCCAAUGCUUCCAGAGUUAGCUUAUGUUCCACAACAAUAUCUGAAGAUUUACAAGGUAAACAUUUAUUCUUC